GUGUGUGUCUUUGCUCCCGGCCCAAAAUGAUGCCGCCGGAGAUUCAACCUCGCGUCAACCGCCCUAUCAUCUCCAACUCCGUCAGUGCUCCGACCUUCUCCACCUUGAAAUUCAAUGGCGGGUAUUCACCCGAACGAAGCCUUAACCCUAGUACUAUCAGUGUCAAUGAUAAAAGCAGAAGCAGUAUCACCAAAUCCCUCAAGAACCCUCGCUUCUCCCCUUCUUCCUUCCUCCACAACCUUAGAAUUGCUGUUGCUCUCGUCCCUUGUGCUGCUUUCCUCCUUGACCUCGGGGGCACCCCCGUCGUCGCUACUCUCGCCGUGGGUCUCAUGAUCGCCUACUUCCUCGAUUCACUCAGCGUCAAGUCCGGUUCUUUCUUCGGUGUCUGGUUCUCUCUCGUCGCUGCUCAGAUUUCUUUCUUCUUCAGCUCGUCUCUCUUCUCGUCCUUUGGUUCUGUUCCUCUUUCCAUACUCGCGGCCUUCCUCUGCGCCCUCACCAACUUUUUUAUUGGAGCCUGGGCGUCGCUGCAAUUCAAGUGGAUUCAGAUCGAGAACCCCUCCGUCGUUCUCGCUCUCGAGCGCCUUUUGUUUGCUUGCCUCCCGUUUGUUGCUUCGUCUCUGUUUACCUGGGCUACUGUCUCAGCUAUUGGUAUGAGUAACGCUGCUUACUAUCUCAUGGUCUUCACUUGUGUUUUCUACUGGCUAUUCUCUAUCCCACUUAUCUCAUCUUUCAAGUCGAAGCAAGAUUCUGGUUACCAUGGUGGUGAGGUUCCUGAUGAAACCCUCAUCCUAGGCCCCCUAGAAAGCUGUAUCCAUACUUUGAAUCUUCUAUUCUUUCCUUUGCUCUUUCACGUUGCUUCUCACCGUGCUGUGGUACUCUCUUCAGCUGCUGCUGUCUGUGAUCUGUUUCUUCUUUUCUUUAUUCCCUUCCUUUUCCAACUCUAUGCCUCGACCAGGGGCGCUCUUUGGUGGAUCACGAAGAAUGCACACCAGCUGCACGGUAUCCGUGUCGUUAAUGGUGCAAUUGCUAUGAUCGUUGUGGUAAUCUGUUUGGAGAUUAGAGUCGUUUUCUAUUCGUUUGGACGGUAUAUUCAGUUGCCUCCGCCGCUGAAUUAUCUUCUGGUGACCAUUACGAUGCUUGGAGGAGCUUCUGCAGCUGGUACUUAUGCCGUUGGUAUGAUUGGCGAUGCCUUCAGCUCAGUGAUGUUCACAGCUUUGUCUAUCCUGGUCAGUGCGGCUGGAGCAAUUGUCGUGGGCUUCCCUUUAUUGUUUCUUCCCCUUCCUUUGGUUUCGGGCUUUUAUUUGGCUCGUUUUUUCACGAAGAAAAGCUUGCCUUCAUACUUUACGUUUGUCUUGCUUGCGAGCUUGAUGGUUGCAUGGUUUGUUAUGCAUAACUACUGGAAUCUCAACAUUUGGUUGGCUGGCAUGUCUCUGAAAUCAGUCUGUAAGCUGAUAGUCACAAGUGUAAUCCUGGCUAUGACUGUUCCCGGUUUCACUCUUCUUCCACCAAAAUUUUGUUUCCUGACUGAGGUUGGUCUGAUCAGCCAUGCGCUGCUACUUUGCUACAUUGAGAAUCGUUUUUAUAAUUAUUCCAGUAUGUACCAUUAUGGAUUCAAUGAUGAGGUGAUGUACCCAAGUUACAUGGUUAUUUUGACAACUUGUUUGGGCCUGGCUUUGGUGAAGAGACUGGUUGUUGAUAAUCGUAUUGGACUUAAGGGUGUUUGGAUCUUGACUUGUCUGUAUUCUUCAAAGCUGGCUAUGCUCUUUAUUACAUCAAAGUCUGUUCUAUGGGCAUCGGCUCUUCUGUUAUUGGCCAUUUCGCCUCCAUUGCUUCUUUACAGGGGGAGAUCAAAAGUAGAUUCAAAAAUGAAAACUUGGCAAGGUUAUUCUCAUGCUAGCAUUGUGGCUUUUUCUGCCUGGCUUUGUCGCAAAACAAUUUUUGAAGCUCUUCAAUGGUGGAGUGGGAGAUCUCCAUCUGAUGGCCUACUUUUGGGUUUCUGUAUUGUUUUGACGGGAUUGGCUUGCAUCCCCAUAGUGGCUCUGCACUUUUCUCACGCUCAGUCAGCAAAGAGAUGUUUAGUGCUUGUGGUGGCAACAGGCCUGUUAUUUAUCUUGCUACAACCACCAAUUCCUUUAUCCUGGGCUUUCCGCCCGAACUUGAUUGGGGCUGCUUAUCAAUCUGCUGAUGACAUAUCCAUCUAUGGUUUUGUGGCCUCAAAACCUACAUGGCCAUCAUGGCUUCUAAUCUUGACAAUCCUCCUCACGCUGGCAGCAUUUACCUCAUUCAUUCCCAUCAAGUACAUUGUUGAGUUGAGAGCAUUUUAUGCAGUUGGGGUUGGUAUAGCACUGGGAAUCUACAUAUCUGUUGAAUAUUUCCUGCAAGCGACAAUCUUGCAUGCCCUUAUUGUUGCAGCCUUGGUCUGUACUACAAUCUUUGUAGUCUUCACCCAUUUCCCAUCUGCCUCAAGCACAAGGCUCCUGCCAUGGGUAUUUGCUCUGGUAGUUGCUCUCUUCCCAGUUACAUACCUUCUGGAGGGCCAGUUGAGAGUCAAAAGCAUCCUUGACAGUGGAGCUGGAGUGGCUGAUGAAGACAACAAGCUCUCCAUGCUAUUGGCAGUUGAAGGGGCAAGGACAUCACUUCUUGGGUUAUAUGCUUCGAUUUUCAUGCUUAUUGCGCUGGAGAUAAAGUUUGAGUUGGCUUCGUUAAUACAGGAGAGGACCAAUGACAGGAGUGGCAUGCACAAUCAAUCGGGUCAGAGUACUUCAGCUGCCUUCCCUCCAAAACUUAGGCUGAUGCAACAGCGGAGGGCCUCAACUGUGCCGACGCUUACGGUCAAGAGGUUGGCUGCAGAUGGUGCCUGGAUGCCAGCAGUCGGUAAUGUUGCUACUAUUAUGUGCUUUGCUAUAUGCCUGGUUUUGAACAUUAACCUGACUGGCAGCUCCAAUCUUGCAAUAUUCUUCCUGGCACCAAUCUUACUGCUCCUGAACCAAGAUUCAGACUUUGUUGCUGGGUUUGGGGACAGGCAAAGGUAUUUCCCUGUGACACUAGUUGUCUCAGCUUACCUAGUUUUGACUGGUAUGUACAGGAUAUGGGAAGAAGUCUGGCAUGGGAAUGCUGGGUGGGGCCUGGAGAUUGGAGGGCCAGACUGGUUCUUUGCGGUCAAGAACGCAGCCCUCCUUAUCCUUACUUUCCCUAGCCACAUCCUAUUUAACCGUUUUGUCUGGAGCUACACUAAGCAGACAGACUCGAUACCAUUGAUAACAAUGCCCCUUAAUCUACCAUCCUUGAUAAUCACAGAUGUGAUAAAGGUUAAGAUAUUGGGGCUACUAGGAAUUAUGUAUUCCUUUGUACAGUAUCUAAUCUCAAGACAACUACAUAUUACAGGACUGAAAUAUAUUUAGCUGAGAAUAUAUACUCUGAAAUAUGUUCAGAUCAAAUUUUCAAAAGAACAAGAGUCCAAAGUUU